CCGAAACCCAGUCUCUCGUCGGAUCUUUCCACCUUCGAAUUUCCGAUGGCGUUUCCCUACACAUACCUCACGCUCUUUCUCUCUCUACUUUCUCUCUCUACCCUCUCCCUCUCCCUCUCCGCCUUCUCUCCCGUCGACAACUACCUCUUCGACUGCGGCUCCACCGUGGACUCCGCCUUCGACGACGGCCGCCGCUUCGUCCCGGACUCGUCCACUUCAGCUCGCUCAAUUUCACUCCGAAACCAAAACCCUAAUCCCAAUUCGCCCCAAAUUUACCAAACCGCUAGGGUUUUCCGGCGGCCGUCCAAGUACGAGUUCCAGAUCCACGACCCGGGGACCCAGAUGGUACGCCUCCAUUUCCAGAGCUUCAAUUCUUGUAAUUUCGAUUGGAAUAGUGCUCAAUUUCAUGUCUUGGUCAAUGGGUUUGUGGUUUUGAAAGUCAGCGGCUUUGGAUUUGGGGGUGUAUUAGGUCCUAUGAUUAAGGAGUACUUGAUCUGGGUCGGUACUGGAAAGCUUGUGAUUCGAUUUGUUCCUGAUAAAAAGUCGAGCUUUGCGUUUGUGAAUGCGAUUGAGGUCGUUUCUGCACCUAAGGACCUUGUUGCUGAUACUGCAAUGUAUGUGAGUGAUGGCAAAGUUGUGGGUUUUGAUGGGUUGGCUAAGCAAGCUCUUCAAGUUGUGCAUAGGGUUAAUGUGGGAGGUCAUAAAGUGACGCCCUUUAAUGAUAGUCUGUGGAGGACUUGGAUUACUGAUGAGGAGUUUUUCGAUGCGGGUUUCGGGUCGGAGAGGGUUUAUUUUGGGGGGAGGAUUAAGUAUCAGGUUGGAGGGGCUAGCCGGGAAGUUGGUCCGGAUAAUGUGUACAACACUGCAAGAUUGAUUCGUAGUACGAAUGCUUCGAUUCCCAAUGUGAAUAUGACAUGGGUGUUCCCUGCAGUGGGUGGGUAUAAGUAUUUGGUUCGGAUGCAUUUCUGUGAUUUUGCUAGUACUUCGCUUGGUUUGCUGUAUUUCAAUGUUUAUGUGAAUGGGAAUUUGGCGUAUGAAGAUUUGGAUUUGUCUAAGGCUGCAAAUUAUAUGUUGGCUUCUCCGUUCUAUACUGAUUUUGUGGUUGAUGGAGAUGAUUCAGAUUCUUUGACUGUAACUGUAGGACCAUCGAACGCUAGCGUGCCGUACGCCAUUGAUGGUAUAUUGAAUGGUAUUGAGAUCAUGAAGUUGAAUAACUCAGUUGGGAGUCUUGAUGGCGAGCAUUGUGCAGAGUGGGUUUUGGGGAGUUGGCCAAAGGGACAUGUUAGUCUCUUGGUUCCUCUAGUUGCUGCUGCUUGUGUGCUGCUAAGCUUAUCUAUGUUUACGCGCAGGAGGAUCAUGAGGAAGAAGGAAUCUGUGGCAUGGACGAAACUGCCUGUGGAUGUUUCAGAAGUUAAUGCCAAGCAUGGAAAUAUACAUCAAUCGGAUAAAUUGGAAAGCACUUGAGGGUCAAUGAAUAGCAGCUGUGGUUUUCAAAGUCUCGAAAAAGUGUUGUAAUCUUAUUGCUUACGUUGUAUAGUUAUGCAAUAGUCUGAAGUUGUAUAAGUUUCUAGCAAUAUUUGGUGUAGUUUCGCACUUAAUACUUAAAUACACGCAAUAGUUUGGGUAUA